AUGCUUGUGCGGAUAUUCAGCAAUGGAUAUCAAAUGUCUGUUUGUCAUCCUGAGAUAGGUUUCUUAACAUGUAAUUAUGAUGUAACUUACAAUUUACAUACAAGUCAAGUGUGGGGUGCAUGGAUUGUUCGGAAUAGUCAAUGUCAACCGGAACCGUGGGGAUCAGAUAGUUUAGGUUUGGCCCAAUCGAGUUUAGCAGCAAAAGCAAAAGCUCUAUUUGUGGCAAUGCUGAACGUUUGGACAUGGGCAUUUCGUAAUGUCAUAUUUGAAGGGACUCGAGAAUUUUUUGGUAAAAUCAGUUAA